CGGCGGCGGCAUGGGCUGCUACCAGCCACCGGUGGUGAUCGACAACGGCUCAGAAAUGAUCAAGGUCGGCCUGGCCGGGACCCGGGAGCCGCAGUUUGUCUAUCCGAACAUCCUCGGCCGCGCCAAGGGGCACAGCACGGCUGCGGAGAGCGCCCCAGGGCUGUGCGUGGGCGACCAAGCGCAGGAGCAGAGAAGCAGCCUGUCCAUCAGCUGCCCAGUGGAGCGUGGUCUCAUUACUUCAUGGGGAGACAUGGAGAUCAUGUGGAAGCAUAUCUAUGAGUGUAGCCUGAACUUGAAGCCCAGUGAUGGCCCAGUCUUGGUUACGGAGCCUGCACUGAACCCACUGGCCAACCGGCAAAAGAUAUCUGAAGUGUUUUUUGAGCAUCUGGGCGUUCCUGCCUUCUACAUGUCCAUUCAGGCAGUGCUGGCUCUUUUCGCUGCUGGCUUCACGACUGGCCUGGUGCUGAAUUCAGGUGCGGGGAUUACCCAGUGUGUGCCCAUCUUCGAAGGUUACUGUCUACCUCAUGGUGUGCAACAACUUAACAUAGCUGGCCAUGACCUCAACAACCACCUCAUGAUGAUGUUGAAGGGCCACGGUAUCGUGCUGCUUAGUUCUGGGGAUAGAAAGACUAUUGUAGACAUUAAGGAAAGCUCUUGCUACGUGGCACUGAACUUUGAGGAGGAAAUGGCCAAGAAAAACGAGUGUCUAGAGAAAGUCUACAAACUACCUGAUGGGAAUACCAUCAAGCUCCGUGAUCAGCUCUUCCGUUGCCCGGAGGCCCUCUUCACUCCACGUCUCCUGAACAUUGAUGCCCCGGGCAUUGAUAAGAUGUGCUUCAGUAGCAUUAUGAAAUGUGAUACCGACCUUAGGAAUUCUUUCUUCUCCAAUAUUAUCCUGGCUGGAGGAUCAACCUCUUUCCCUGGUUUAGACAAGCGGCUAGUUAAGGACAUAGUAAAGGUGGCCCCUGCCAACACCCCUGUGCAGGUUACAGCUCCUCCGGAAAGGAAAAUAUCAGCAUGGAUGGGAGGGUCCAUUCUCGCAUCCUUGUCUGCCUUCCAAGACAUGUGGAUCACUGCUGCAGAAUUUGAAGAAGUUGGACCCAAUAUAGUACACCAAAGAUGCUUCUGAAAUACAAAUAAAAUGUCAUUAGAAAAACCGGUUUGAGUAUUUGCAGUACCACACUUAAUUUUUUUGUUUUUGUUUUUGUUUGGUUUUUCAAGGUAGAUGUCUCACUCUAGCCCAGGUCAACCUGGAACUCACUAUGUAGUCUCAGAGUGGCUUCAA